AUGGCAACUUGCAAGUACAGUUUUAAUGCUCUGGUUACAUCAUCAUCAUCAGCUGCUGUUGCUUCAACUGCAAGUCAAAAAAAAGCGCCUCAAACAAAAUCUGGUCAUUAUGGAAUACCACAACGGGUUAAUUUACCAAAAGAAAGUAUUAAUGUAACUAAAUUACAAAAUGGAUUAACUGUGGCUUCAAUGGAAAACAAUUCACCAGUUUUUCGUGUUGCAGCUGUUGUUGAAGCCGGAGCAAAAUAUGAACCGUAUGAUAGUCGAGGUGUUACAACACUUCUUCGAGUCUUUUCAAAUAUGAGCACGAAAUAUGUUAGUCGACUUGGUCUAACAAAAAAUUUGGAACGUCUCGGUGCAAAUUUUAAAUGUGUACAAACACGAGAACAAAUGAUUUAUUCAAUUGAAGGUCUUCGUAGUGAAUUAACACAUGGAGCACAAUUUUUGAUUCCAAUUGUUUGUUAUCCAAUGUUUAAACCACACGAAAUUCAUGACGAACGAGAACGUUUAGAAAUUGAUCAUAAACUUUAUUUACAAUCACCUGAAUUACAAUUAAAUGAUUUACUUCAUGAAGCAGCAUUCAAAGGUGGUUUAAGCCGAUCAUUAUCAAUUUGUCCUGAUAUGAUGAAAAAACUAUCACAUAAACACAUGUAUACGUUUCAUUCUCAUUAUUAUACACCAAGUCGCAUAUCUUUAGUUGGAACUGGUUGUAAUCAUGCAACACUUGUUCAAUUAGCCGAUAAAUUUCGUUUUUCACCGCUCGAUUGUGUUUAUACACCAGGUUUUGGAAAUCUUAAGUUAAUUGAUUCGGAACCUGAACCAUCAAAAUAUAAAGGAGGAGAACUUCGACAUGAUACUCAAUCAAGUUUAGUUCAUAUUGCAUUAGCAUGUGAAGGUGUUAGUUCAAAAGAUGAAAAAGGUAUUUUAACAAGUUCAUUAUUACAUGAAGUACUUGGUAAUGGUCCAAAUAUAAAAUGGUCCGCUGGAUCAAAUCGACUUCAACGUGCUGCUCAAGCCGUUGCUAAUUCACCUUGUUUAGUUUCAUCAUUUAAUCUUCAUUAUACUGAAUCAGGUUUAUUUGGUGUUCAUAUCAUGUGUGAUAAAAAUGAUACAGACAAAGUUGUUAAAGCAGUAUGGAAUGAAUUUAAUAAAGUUUUAAAAAAUGGUAUUAGUAAAGAUGAUGUUACUGUUGCUAAGAAAAAACUUCAAGUAAAUCUUCAAAUGACAUCUGAACAAUCUUCAGAUGUAUUUUCAAAAAUGAUAAGUCAACCUGACAUUAGUGAUCGAUCAACAGAUGUUCAAUCAAUUGUUGGAUCAUUAGAACAAGGUGAUUAUUCACAUGAUUCAAUAAAUCAAUUAGCAAAGAAAAUGUUAAAUGGAAAACAACCAACAUUAGUUUCUAUUGGAAAUCUUAACAAAAUGCCAUAUAUUGAUGAUUUAAAAGCAUAA